AGCGGUAGAAGCAGCAAUUUAUCUGUGUGCAGCCCCAAACGGAGAGGAAGAUGCUAAUUAAAGUGAAGACGCUGACCAGAAAGGAGAUUGAGAUUGACACUGAACCCACAGACAAGGUGGAACAAAUCAAGGAGUGUGUGGAGGAGAAAGAGGGAAUUCCCCCAGAGCAGCAGAGGCUCACCUACAGUGGUAGACAGAUAAACGUCAAGAAGACAUCAGCUGAUUACAAGCUGUUAAGUGGUUCAGUCCUCCAUCUGGUAUUGGCUCUGAGAGGAGGGGGUGGUCUUCAGCAGUGGUGGACCCUGCUCCAUUUUACCUCCUUGCCCUGUCACUCAUAAUGAGGCAUCAUAUAUCCUCUCACUCUGUGGGACUCUAGAGCCACUGCCCCUCCCCUGGCUGCCCAGUCUGUUGGUGGGAGACUGUGAGGACCCUAGGAAGCAGUGUUCCUGGCCCAAAGGGCCCUUGCUGGCUAUUAGGUUUUAGUUUGCAGUCCUGUGUGCUUCCCUCUCUUAUGGCUGCGUCCCUGAUUCUCAAUAAAAUAUUCUUUGGCCAAAAAAAAAAAAAAAAAUUGGGAUUGAAAUGC